CUCUCUAUUUCUUACUCUUUCCUUCCCCAUCUCGCAUGUCGCUGAUCUCGUGGGAUUUUGCAGAGACAACUUCUUUGGUCGGCCUCGCCGGAUGUGAUAUUGUUACCUGACUAAUAAAUUAUUAUUAUUGCGAAGGCAAUAUGGGUAGUUAUAGGAUUAGUGGAACUCGUGGGAAGCUGUAGGAGUGUGGAUUGUCAACUGUUAUCCUAUAAUGUGUCUAUUUAUUUAGCCAGAGAUAUGAAAGAGACACCAGUUGAAUUUCUAAAUUGUCUCUAAGGGUAGGGACACCAGUUUAAUUUCUAAAUUGUCUCUCUGUCACAGAGGUAGGCUUUCUUAUUUAAGCCAAACUCCCAUCCGUAAAGCCAAACCCUUUCCUUACCUUUUCUCAUAUCUUUUCUAUUUUCCUUUCCUAUUCUAUUUUCUCUCAUCUCCUCUUCUGUGCGCGUAACAGAUAUCUUCCCCUUCUAGUUCGGUCUCUGUCUCUGGGAGUCGCCGAGUGUGAGAGGUAGCAGAGAAUCCAUCAUGUUUACAAAUGAUCGAAGACAAGUAGAGCGUACAGGAAAAUCUGGCACUCCAAGGUUGCAAUAUCUUCAGGAAUUGGUUAGUCAAUUUCAGAAUACAACAGAUGAAGAAUCAAAGGAGAGGAUAGUUGCUCAUUUGGUUAACUUUGCCUAUGAUCCUUACAACUAUGCUUUUAUGCGCAAGUUAAAUGUUUUAGAAUUGUUCCUAGACUGCAUCACAGAGCCAAAUGAGAAACUUGUGGAAUUUGGUGCCGGUGGGAUCUGCAAUUCAUGUGCUGAUCCGGCAAAUGCUGCAAUUAUAACUCAAUGUGGUGGGAUUCCUCUCAUGAUACAAUGUUUAUCUAGCCCCGUCAGAAAUCAUGUGAAUUAUGCUCUUGGGGCUCUAUAUUAUCUCUGCAACGCAUCUAAUAAGGAAGAGAUUUUGAAGCCAGAAGUAGUUGAAACCAUAAAAAGAUAUGCUGCAGCUGGAGCUGUUAAUGUGAGCUUCAGCAAUCUAGCCAAAGCAUUCUUGGACAAGCAUGUCCCAGAAUAGAUUACAUGCUGCACGUAUUGAUGUAGCAGCGCUCCGAUGGAUCGACCCAAACCCGCUCCAGAACCCAGACUAAGACCCAGAUCCAAUUUGGGUUCCAAGUUAAUGAUUUGGGUUCAAGAUUGUUAGAAUAAUCUAGGAUUUUAUUCUGUUUGUAAUCUUUUAUUUUAAGCAGUUCUAGAUAAGUAAUAAAUUAUAGGAUUUUAUUUUAUUUGCAAUCUUUUAUUUUAGGUAGUUUCUAGAUAGCUAACAAGUUUCCAAUUUGAGUCCUUUGUUUCUAUUUCUAUUAGUUUAGAUUUAGGAGAUUUUAUUUUUGUUUUAGUCUUUGACUUUAAGUAGGAAGCUUUAAUUUUAGAUUAUUAUAAAUAAAGCAUGUAAUUCAAGUUAUGAGAUUAGUUGAAAAUGAAUGAAUAUUAUUGAAAGU